AUGGCGGAAGAAAUGCUUGCUGUCACGGCGCCUGCCUACACCGAUCCAUCUCGUUAUGAACUCUCCAAAGUGCCUCAGCCGAUAGUCACAGAGGAUACGGAUGUAAUUAUAAGAGUUCAUGCUGCGAGUAUUAAUCCAGUGGAUGUGAAGAAGGCAGCUGGAGUAUUCAAGCUGGCCGUUAAAGACACUUUUCCAUACAAGCUCGGAUAUGACGCAGCUGGUGUUGUUACCCAGGUUGGAAAGAGUGUAAAAACAUUGAAGGUCGGCGAUGAGGUUUAUACACGGUUGCCAGAAGUUGGUAGAGGAGCUUGGAGCGAGUAUGCCAAGUGUUCGGAGGAAUAUGUCGCUCUGAAACCCAAAAACAUCACCUUUGGUGAAGCUGCCUCACUACCAUUAGCUGCUGUGACGGCACUACAGGUUUUGCGACAGUACAAGGGUUCACUUGAAGGCAAGACGGUAUUUAUACCAGCCGGCUUGAGUGGCACUGGAGCAUAUGCGUGUCAAAUAGCGAAGAAUGUCUUCCAUGCAGGGAAGGUGAUCACCACAGUCUCGACAGCCAAGAUUCCAAAGGUCCCUGAGCUCCUUGGUGAAGGAGUUGUUGACCAGAUUAUCGACUAUACAAAGGCCGAUCCAUUGGAAGAAAUCCCCUUGCGCUCUGUUGACUUUUUCUUCGACACUACAGGCCAGGCUAUGCAAUUCCUGCCUCUUUUAGUCCGGUCAACAGGGAUGGUGGUAUCCAUAUCUACAAAGCCAUCAGCAGCAACACUCCAAGGAUCAAGUGUCAUGAAACGACCCGACAACCCGCGAAUUCCUUUCUACGGCCGAAUCUUUCUUGAUGCAGGGGAUUCGAUCAAUAAGCUUCGAGCCUACUACUAUGGUGUUGAAUAUAAAUACUGGUUCUUGGCCCCGAACGCAAAGGAUCUCGACACUUUGACGGGAUAUGUAGAGGAAGGAAAGUUAUUGCCCGUCGUUGGUGCAAGAGUUGACAUGAUGGAUAUCGACCAAGUACGCGAAGCGUGUCAAAUAAUCUAUAACGGGAAAGGCGGUCUGGGUAAGACAGUCUUUGAAGUGAAUAAGGAGUAA